AGGGGAAGAGAGAGCGAAGAAAACAGCUGGCGAGAGGAAGAGGAGGACGUUUGUUGGUGACAAAAGGAUGGGUUUCCAUUUAAUUAAGCAGCUGAGGGGCAUGAGUGUGGUGUUAGUGCUACUUCCUGUGGUGCUGCUUGUUGUGCUUGCGGGGGCUCAGCGAGCUUGCCCCAAGAACUGCAGAUGCGAUGGCAAGAUUGUGUACUGCGAAUCUCACGCGUUCAGAGACAUCCCUCAGAAUAUUUCUGGAGGGUCUCAAGGCUUAUCGUUGCGGUACAACAGCAUUCAGAAGCUUAAAUCGAAUCAGUUUGCGGGCCUCAAUCAGCUCAUAUGGCUUUAUCUUGACCAUAAUUACAUCAACUCCGUGGAUGAGGAUGCAUUUCAGGGGAUCCGCAGGCUGAAGGAAUUAAUUCUGAGCUCCAACAAAAUUACCCAUCUGCACAACAAAACGUUUCACCCAGUCCCCAACCUCCGCAACCUGGACCUCUCGUACAACAAGUUGCAGGUGCUGCAGUCUGAGCAGUUCAAAGGCCUUCGUAAGCUCUUGAUCUUGCAUUUGCGGUCUAACUCGCUGAAAUCUGUCCCAAUCCGAGUUUUCCAAGACUGCCGUAACCUCGAUUUUCUGGAUUUGGGCUACAAUCGCCUGCGGAGCUUAUCCCGAAAUGCUUUCGCUGGCCUUUUGAAGUUGACGGAGCUCCAUUUGGAGCACAACCAGUUUUCUAAGAUCAAUUUCGCCCACUUCCCACGCCUCUUCAACCUUCGCUCAAUUUACUUGCAGUGGAAUAGGAUCCGGUCUAUCAGCCAAGGGUUAACGUGGACUUGGAGUUCCUUGCACAACUUGGAUUUAUCAGGAAAUGACAUUACAGGGAUAGAGCCUGGGACGUUCCAGUGCCUCCCCAACCUACAAAAGUUGAACCUGGAUUCCAACAAACUCACCAACAUCUCUCAGGAGACCAUCAAUACAUGGAUCUCACUCAUCUCCAUCACUCUAUCCGGAAAUAUGUGGGAAUGUACUCGAAGCAUUUGCCCUCUGUUCACUUGGCUUAAGAAUUUCAAGGGAAAUAAAGAAACCACUAUGAUAUGUGCAGGCCCUAAACAAAUCCAGGGUGAAAAAGUGAGCGAUGCUGUGGAGACAUACAAUAUCUGUGCCGAAAUCCAGGUGGUGGUUACUGAAAGAUCAUAUCAGGCUCCCAAAACCCCCCAGAGACCUGUCUUUAUUCCUAAGCCUACCGUUUCCAAACUUGAAAGCAAUCAGCCAACGUCUGUGGUGCCAAGCCCCUCCACUGACCUCCCAACACCUGCAGUGGAACCCGAAUACGAGCACGUUUCCUUUCACAAAAUCAUUGCUGGGAGCGUGGCCCUCUUUCUUUCCGUGGCCAUGAUUUUGUUGGUUAUCUACGUGUCAUGGAAGCGCUAUCCAGCCAGCAUGAAGCAGCUCCAGCAGCACUCACUCAUGAAGAGGCGCAGGAAAAAGGCCAGGGAGUCUGAAAGGCAAAUGAACUCCCCUUUACAGGAGUAUUACGUGGACUACAAGCCAACAAACUCUGAGACCAUGGAUGUAUCUGUUAAUGGAUCUGGGCCCUGCACGUAUACCAUCUCUGGCUCCAGGGAAUGUGAGGUCCCUCACCACAUGAAGACUUUACCCUACUACAGCUACGACCAACCAGUGAUCAGCUACUGCCAAGCCCACAAACCCCUCCACGUCAACAAGGGCUACGACAGCAUGGCCCGGGAGCAGCCAGAGCCCACCAACCUGGAACUCAGUCGGGACCACAGCUUCAUAGCCACAAUCGCACGCUCAGCGGCUCCGGCCAUCUACAUUGAGAGAAUACCAAAUUAGGGCCGGAGGCAGCGGGGAGCUCUUCCGAAGGACCUUUCAGCUCAGAAGAGAGCAGGGCCAGGAGCUAAAAUCCACCGUUCCACUAAGAGAUGUUCCAACACAGACCACGGGAAGGGGAUAAAGCAGACCCCGCAGACUGGAAAUGCUGUCUUGCAGUACACACUGAGAACUUCAGGAUUUUCUUUGCUUUAAACUUUCGAACAAAUUCCUCAAUGUAAAUAUUAAAGAGAGAUUGUUGAGUUCUUAUUAAAAAAAAAAAAAAUAGAUUUCACUCUAGCUACAUAA